AAAGUUUGGUUUAUUAAGUUUUGUUUUUCUUGGGUGGGGCUCCUGCAAAAUGUCAGAUGAUGGUGGAAGCAGUGUCUAUGGUGCAUUUGCCUCCAAGUUAGGCUCUGGAGCAGCUAAAGCAGGCAAGAAGUUUGCUCAAUCUGAGGCGGGCCGUUCAGCAACAAGAGCAGCUGUCAAAGGAGCUACUGAUGCAGCUGUUAAAGAUGUCAGUGACCGCUACCUAGGAGGAGGAGGGGGAGGGGAUACCUCAAAACCAGCUCCAGCAGUAGCUCCAAAAGCAAAGCCUCGUACCAGUGGCUCUGGUACGACAGCACCUCCUGUUCCAGCUGCUUCCUAUAGCUCACCGAAUAAUGACGAGGACAGCGAGGAUGAGUUUGAGAAGUACAGGCGUGACUCUUAUUCUACGACACGCCCACCUCCCAAACCCUCUUUCUUCAAACGUUUCAAACCAAACAUUAAUUUGAAAUUAUCGGAAGAUUCAAGCAGUAAACCAGCUCCAGUUAGGAAACCAAAAAAGAAGAUAUACAAAUACGCUGCAAUCGAUAAAGCAGACUGGGAGAAACUCCCAACUGCAAUGACUCUGUACAACUUCAGGGCUGAGAUGAAGUGUGACCUUGAGUUUCGUAAGGGUCAAAUCAUUCACGUCAUUACAAAAACUGACACGACUAACGACUGGUGGGAGGGAAGAUUGGAGGACAGGAUUGGAAUAUUUCCUGCUAAUUAUGUGAAGAUGAUGUAAAAUCUAAAACAGCAACAACAUCACUAAAUAACAAAGAAUACACUGAUGUAGUCAUUUAUAGAAGGUAGUGUUUGUGUAUCACUUAUUAGCUGUGUCAAAAUUAAUGUUUUAUUUUUUUCUUUUUUAAUAUGAAUAAUUUUAAAAAGAUUUAAUAAAAAUAA